AUGGUGGAAUCCAACAAUUUGAUCGUAUUUCCCCUUUCACCAAACGUGACAAAUGACCACUUGAUAGAAAUAUUCAGUAACUACGGAACAAUUUUGAACGCAACUAUUACAAAUGAAACGCAGAACGGCGGAUUUAAGGCGAUUGUGACCUUCAGUGAUAAACAUCAAGCUGAAGAAGCUCGAAAUGCAUUGCAUCAUGGUUAUAUAGAUGGGAAUGUUGUUAAAGUUAGGUAUCAAUGA